CUUCUGUGCGUCUUAGUAUCGUCGGUCACAGCGGAACGCGGUCGGAGCGAAAGCAGCCCGCUCACCCAUCUAUCUUCGCCGCGCCACGACAGCUAGUAUCGCUUAAGUUGUGCACUGACCGUGUAGCAAACGCUCCCGCCCUUUUGGCGACUACAUUCCAGUUAGCCCAACGCGAAGGGGUUGCGAUUUUACACUAGAGCAACCCGCGGCAAAUGGAGCUGCGUUGCACUGGUUUCAAGUUACCGGCAAUGAAGCAUCCCAAGCUUCCCAAGUGUCGCCUUUGCUGGGACUGCCACCACCUCGGCAGUCAGUCCUGGAACGUUUGGAACUUCUGUGUCACCGGGAGUUCGGCCAAUCUACCACACAUGGAACAGAGGAGAUUCCAGGUCCAUGGACUCCAUCAAGCCCAUGCUGACCAAAGCCCACAGCCAACAGCGUGGUUUCAGGAUAACACGAGGGCAAAGCCCAAGCAAGCACACUUCUUUCGGCUCCAAGGUCAAGGCCAAGCUCCUGGAUCCUCUGUUCCUCAUCCGGCUUCUCAUCACCGUGGCGUGCGUGGCCGGAUUCACGUACCAGGCGACCGACUUCUUCAUCAUGUACUUCAAGUUCCCCACCACCACCAACAUCCGCGUUGAGUCCAUGAAGGACCUAGUCUUUCCAGCGCUCUCAGUCUGCCUCAGCAAUUGGAUAGACAUGAGAAAAGUGUGCGCCGACGAGAAGCUGAAAGAACACUGUGCCGGAAACGCGACUUCGGUCAGCGCCAUCAUGAGCGCCAUCAGGGAGCACCGCAACCUGUCGUCGCUGUCGCUCGACAUCGGUGACGUCAUCAAGAGCUGCACCAUGAAGCCCACCAGUGGCUGCGACCCGUUCGCCUGCCACAACGACUGGUACAAGUCGUUCGUGCGGUUCCCGGACAGCUACUGUUACACGCUGGACUACAGUCGAAUCAGGAAGGAGUCGCACCCGCUCAAGCGAUGCCGAUACCCUUGGGAUUACGAGAUGACAUCCGUGAUCGGCUGGGACGUGGCGAAUUCCCUGGAGGCGGACCCGUUCGGCGCUGACGCGUCGGUGCACGAGCACGACACCAACUCGGCCGAGCAGGCGCACUCGCUGUUCUUCGAGCCGCAAUCUCGGUACAUCAUACUCGUCGAACAGCAAACGACGCUAGCGCUGCCCAAACCUUACCAGACGAAGUGCGUGAACUACGAGCUGAUGAAGAGGUCUAACAAGUACUACGGCAUGAUGACGCAGAAUCUUUGCUACGAGCAAUGCCGCAUGAGACUGUGGACGAAGAACUGCGGCUGCAUUUCCAGUCGCUACGCCUACCGGGAUCUGGAAGGAGCGCCCAUAUGCGACGAAACGAAAACACGACAAUGCGCCGAAGUGGACGUGGCACAGAAGUUCACCAAGAAAUGCUUGAAGAAGUGCCGCCAGCCUUGCAAAGAAAUAACCUACGAAGUGCAAAUCACGGCUCAAGGUCAGAAGGAGAGCGCGCAGGAAGAAGAGGAAGUGGACUACGAGGAGGCACCUCCGAAGCUCCCGGAAAGCCAAUUGUUCACCAUAAACCUCCUCUUCGCCAGCGAGAAACAUACCAUCCUGCAGCACUUAAAAAAGUUUACGUUCAUCGAGGUGUUCGGCUACCUUGGCGGCUACGUGGGCAUCUGGUUGGGCAUGUCCUUCUUCUCUCUCCUCGACUCGCUCAUCCUCUACAUCCAGGACAGACAGCUGAAGAAGCUCGACGAGAACCGAGUCCGCCCCAUAGAGGUGGCCAGUCUAAGCAACGUUGCAUCCAGGCGAUCCGGUUACUGAUAAUGCCGACGUUGCGCAUUUCCGACCAAGAAUACGGACAAAAGAAUACACCGAGAAGUGCUGCGGCUGCUAUCCUCAUAAACAUAACAUUUUGGAUUUGUUUAA